AUGGCUUCAGAAUAUGCAAUGUUUGGGCAAUUCUCAACAAAAUCAGAUGUGUUCAGUUUUGGUAUCCUAAUUCUGGAGAUUGCAUGGAGAAAUUGGAAGGAUGGGACAACUUUGAAUCUCAUAGAUCCCACGUUAAUGAAGGGCGGUCCAAAAAUCGAAAUGAUGAGAUGUAUUCACGUCGGUCUAUUAUGUGUACAAGAAAAUGUAGCCGACAGACCAGACAUGACUUUAGUUCUUCUCAUGCUUAAUAGCGAUUCUAUUGCCCUUCCUUUACCUACACAACCUGCUGCAAGCUUUAUGCAGGGCAAUGUUGGGUCAAGCAAAUCACUGCAACUGGACAGCAAUUGUGGGGGAACUAAUUAUGUGGCUUCAAUUACUGAAGAGUUAUCUCCUAGGUAG